CAUACAUGUUUCCAAAAAAACAUUACUCCCUAGUCGAGUAUGAGUUCUUUUUCUUUACCAAAGGAAACGACAUCACGAAUUCAUAAAGUGGAAACUCUAUUAGAAAGUGAAUGGCUUUCUUGUGAACGAGUUCAUUAUGUUGAUCAUCGAGGAAACGAAAGGACGUGGGAGAGAUGUAUAAGGACAUCGCCAUCGACAAGAAAACGCUUACAAGAAGGGAAAACCAAGGCGAUUACAAAAGAAACGAUUGGUUCACAGCUCAGCUGUCCUUCAGCACCCUCGGCUGCUAUCAUAGUUCCUCUUUCUUUCUCCUCACGUUAUCGUAAUGAAAUGAACGUAUUAACAGCAGAUCAUCUACAGGUCGUUCUUGUGAAACAAUUUCGUCCUGCUUUAAAUGCAUACACAUUAGAGUUUCCAGCAGGAUUGUUGGAUGAGAACGAAUCACCUCUUCAAACGGCUAUUCGGGAGCUUAAAGAAGAAACAGGCUAUACUCACCAUUCCAUCCUUCACGUAUCUCCUUCCCUUAGUUUAUCUCCCGGAAUGGGCUCUGAAUGCUGCGUCGUCGUCGUUGUUACAGUGGAUAUGGACUUGCCAGCAAAUCAGUGCCCGCAACAAAACCUUGACGAAGAGGAAGACAUUGAAGUUAUUUUGGUUCCUUUAAAUAAUUUAUUGAAGUGCCUUGCUUUCAGGUAUUGCAGCGUUCCAAUGAAAACGGCAUUGUUAUUUUUGAUGGGGUUUACAGUGUCGCUUUAGGCUUUGCGUUAUUACCGCAGUGUAUUUCAAGUUUAAAUAAAAUGGCUGAUUGAAACAUUUUUCUAAAAUGGUGACUCUGUUGGCAUCAUUUAAACAGAAAACUAGAAUAGUUUGUGUGAUUUUUAUUUGCGGUGAACUUAUUUAAAACAGGAACGCAUUGCUUUUCAAUAGUGCCUUUAGUUA